AGAUUGGCGUGAACUCCUCUUGGAUCACGCAUGCGCCAGUCGUUCGAGAGCACGAACGAAUCACCACAGGGCCAUCAUGGAGAGAAAAGUUUUGGCGCUGCAGGCUAGGAAGAAACGGGCCAAGAAGAAGUCCACCAAGAAGCCCCAGGGGAGCGUGAGAGGGGCGGUGCGGGAGCAGCGGGAGCAGCAGACUGAAGCAGCCCAGCAGGAGCCCGAGGAGGAGAUCCUCGGCUCGGACGACGAGGAGCAGGAGGACCCUAAUGACUACUGCAAAGGUGGAUAUCACCAUGUGAAGAUCGGAGACCUUUACAAUGGAAAGUACCAUGUGAUCCGCAAACUGGGCUGGGGCCACUUUUCCACUGUGUGGCUGGCCUGGGACAUCCAGGGUAAGAGGUUUGUGGCCAUGAAGGUGGUGAAGAGUGCCGAGCAUUACACAGAGACGGCCCUGGAUGAGAUCAAGCUGCUCAGAUCGGUGAGAGAAACGGACCCUGUGGACCCCAACAAGGACAAAGUAGUUCAGCUGCUGGAUGACUUCAAGAUCUCCGGAGUCAACGGAACCCACGUGUGCAUGGUGUUUGAGGUCCUGGGCCACCAUCUUCUCAAGUGGAUCAUCAAGUCCAACUACCAGGGCCUGCCAUUACCCUGUGUUAAGAGCAUCAUUCGACAGGUUCUGCAGGGUCUAGAUUACCUGCACUCCAAGUGUAAGAUCAUCCACACAGACAUCAAGCCGGAGAACAUCCUGAUGAGUGUUAACGAGCCCUACGUCAGGCGCCUGGCUGCGGAGGCCACAGAGUGGCAAAGAGCAGGAGCUCCACCGCCCUCAGGCUCCUCAGUGAGCACAGCACCUCCACCAAAACCGGCUGCAAAGAUGUCUAAGAACAAGAAGAAGAAGCUGAAGAAGAAGCAGAAGAGGCAGGCCGAGCUGCUGGAGAAGUGCAUCCUGGACCUGGAGGAGAUGGAGCGCUGCCCCGACGCCGCUGACGAGGAGGACGACGACGACCCGCAGUCCCCCAAGAGCCCCGUCUGCGCCCCGCUUCGACAGGUCUCGCUGCAGGAGAUCGCCUAUGAGGAGCAAGGAGAUGAGGUUUGCGCGCGUCUGUGCCCGGCGGAGACCAACUGUAACGGCUUCGUGGCCAGUGGUGCCCCCAGCGUGCCAGAGCAGGAAGAGCCACGUGCAGAAGAGGAGGUGGCAGCGCCACCACCACCAGCACCAGCACGGGCGGAGUGGGAGAUAGAGCAGGACCAGCACAGUACCGAUGCCAACACCACCAGCACCACUGACCCAGAACCAAGCCAGACCCAGACCCAGACAAGUCCUCCAGACCAGCUCUUGGACCUGAACCAGGACCAGCCACCGGUCCCUCAGGACUACCAGUGCUGCAACGGCAUGGAAUCCCCCGAGCCGCAGGCCAACGGAGAGGGCAGUCAGGCCGACUCCACCCCCUCAAGCCCAUUGGAGGAUGGGGAGCACAGAAGUCCACAUCAACCAGGCAAGCAGGAAGGGGCCGGCGACGGUCACGACAACCUCGGAAACACUAAGAUUGUGGCUGGAGACUUGCUGGUGAAUCCUCUGGAGCCUCUUAACGCCGACAAGAUCAAGGUCAAGAUCGCUGACUUGGGCAACGCCUGUUGGGUGCACAAGCACUUUACGGAGGACAUCCAGACGCGGCAGUAUCGCUCACUAGAGGUGCUGAUUGGAUCUGGGUACAACACGCCUGCAGACAUAUGGAGCACUGCCUGCAUGGCCUUUGAACUAGCCACAGGGGAUUAUCUGUUUGAACCUCAUUCAGGAGAAGAUUACUCUCGAGACGAAGACCACCUUGCUCUGAUUAUUGAGCUGUUGGGGAGCAUCCCCCGCCAUUAUGCGCUGAGUGGGAAAUUUUCACAGGAAUUCUUCGGCCGCAGAGGUGAUCUGAAGCACAUCACCAAGCUGAAGCCAUGGGGUCUGCUGGAGGUGCUGGUGGACAAGUACGAGUGGCAGCGCGAGGAGGCCGAGUGCUUCACUGACUUCCUGUUGCCCAUGCUGGAGCUCAUCCCUGAGAAGAGGGCCACGGCCGCAGAUUGCCUGCGUCACGCCUGGAUCGCGCCUGCCCCUUAGUGGCCCACACCGGGAACUGCACCCCCACUUCACCCAACCCCACAUAGGAGCCACCUCUGGACUACAUCUGGCACUAUUCAACAGGAUCUGUGGAUGAGAGAGGUAAAUCUGCACCAGAGCAGGGCCAGGUGUGGACCAGAGGUGGCCUCUAUUCGGGGCGGUUACCCCCACCACCCCCAAGACCUGUCCCCACUUCUGAACUGAUACCCAUGAAAAGGCCCAGUUGUGGACUGCCUCCACCACCCCUGGAUUGCCUCCUAGUGGCUGAUGCUGGGAAUGACACCCUCUGACCUGCUCCAGGUGGCCCCUAAGCUAAAACUCAGGUGGCUGCUACCUGGGCAUAUGCCCCCCACCCCUGCCCCCCUCUCUCUUGGCCCGGAUCUGACACCCACAAAGAGGCUAGGCUAUUGAACAUCUGUGCCACCCCUUGGAUCAUGCUCUGGGGUCUGCCAUCGGCUCUGCCACCUCUGACUAGCGACCUGUUGUAUUCAGGCAGACAGAGCCAUGGUUCUCACUGAAUGGGCGUGCUGCCCCCCCCUCCCCCUAGUGGCCACAGUAGGGUCCUACACUCCGUUACGCCUGUCCCUCUGUGACCGUCUCUUCUCCUGACCAGCCCUUACCCCACGAGAGACUGCAACAGAUCACUUUCCAAUUGGAGCAUAUCUGACAUCUACUUAUUUUGUUUAUUUCUGUGUGUGUGUGUGUGUGUGUGUGUGUGUGUGUAUUUGUGUGUCUGUGAGUAAGUUGGUUUCUCUCUUUCUUUUUCUUUCUUUUUUGUUUGUUCUCUUUGUGUUUGUGUGAGUGUGUGUGAGUUGAGUAUGUGUGAGUGAGUGAGUGAUUGGGUGUGUUCUAAAUAACAUUUUUUUUUCUGUACAUGGUUUGUACUUUUCAUUGUGUUACUUUUGCUCCCCUCUGUGUUUUUUAACUCCAGUUAAGAUGGACUGUAGCCUGAAAAUCUCUGUGUUGUAGGAAUUCUGAGAUGACUUGGGCGUUAUGCUAGACUUUUCUUAGUUAACUCAUUUAUUUUUGGGGCUCACACUCAACUAGUCUCUGCAAAAAAAAAAAAAAAAAACUAAAAAAAAAUGGGGGGAAAAAAAGUUUUGUUACACAGAUACUCUAGUAUUGGAAAUCUGCACAGAAACGGCACUGUGGGAGAGAGUUGUGAGUUUGUGGUUGUGACUUCCACUCAGAGACCGAACUGUGUGCUCUGUCAGGAGAAACCUCAGCCGUUCAGUUUGGGUCUCAGAUGUCAUCACCGACACCUGAUUAAUCAGUGUCAGCUUCCAUUUGUUUUGUUCAAUAGUGUGUUUGUGAAAGAAAGAUUUGUUUUGUCUUCACUGUUCUAAGCCAGUAGAUCAUUAUGUUCCACACACUUAUAGCUGUCAAACACCACAGAAUGAUGAAAAAGAACGUUGUUUAAAAAAAAAAAAAAAAAUCUGCCGUGGGGGUGUGUAUGUUUGUAUGUCUGUCUGUCUGUGUGUGUGUGUGUGUGUGUGUGUGUGUGUGUGUGUGUGUGUGUGUGUGUGUGUGUUUGUGUGUGUGUGUGUAAGUGAGUGAGUACAUGAGUGUGUCGUCUGUGUCUGUAUAUAUCUGUACCAAAGAGUUUGCCUUGAUCUGUAUAUUGCAGCCAUGUACAGUUUUUAAGAAAUCAUACUAUUGUAUCUUAGCUAAGAUUAUUUAGCGGGAUAGUGAUGUUUUAAUAAAGCAUUUGGAAGAAGUGUGCAAACUCA